AGGAUAAGUGUUCCUAAAAUGGGGAAGAUAAUGAAACCCGGGAAAGUGGUAUUGGUAUUGGGUGGGCGUUUUGCUGGUCGAAAAGCAAUCAUCGUAAAAGCGUAUGAUGAAGGAUCAUCUGAUCGUGCAUAUAGUCAUGCGUUGAUUGCUGGCAUUGAUAAGUAUCCAUUAAUGGUAACAAAACGAAUGGGUAAGAAAAAAAUCAAAAGCAGAAGCAAAUUACGUCCAUUCGUUGGUAUCGCUAGUUAUUCUAACUUGCUUCCAACUCGAUAUUCGGUCGAUGUAAUAUUGGACAAGAAUUUGGUUAACAAAGACGUUUUGAAAGAGCCUGGAAAAAAACGACGAGCACGAAUGGAAGUAAAAACAAAAUUUGAAGAACGGUACAAAACUGGCAAGAAUAGAUGGUUCUUCACUAAAUUGCGAUUUUGAAAAUAUUUUACUACAAUUUUGUUGCUUCACUGUAAAAUGAGAAUGAAAAUUUAUUGGUGAUGUAGUCAUGCGGUUAGCCUCUCAGAUUGACGUAAAGGAUGUUGAAUUUAAAUUACCACUGCAGCUGCCAUUACCAAUUUUUUUUGUAAGCAGUGUUCCUGUAAAGAUUAAACGUCAUCAGCAUGCUCGGUUUACAUGUUCAUUGCUAUGCUAGCUACAUUUUAAUAUUGGUAUCACAUGUAUCGUCACUUUCUGAAGUACUUUAUAUCCGCGUUGUUUAUUUCAUUGAUGAGCAGUAAAGUCAACAAGAUUACGUAUUUAUGUAAGAACUCGCACAAAUGGUAGUUUUG